AUGUCAGAGGACCAGCAACAAAAUGGUCGAGAGUCCAGCGACGGCAACGAUGGAAUCGACCUGACAACCAUCCUGGACAAGAACCAACGGGCCGAUCUGACUUUGCUACUGGCCAAACUGACCGAGUCCAUGCGCAAACUGAUCCAAGACAACUUCGACUCGACAGCCGGGCUGGACAAGGCCCUGUUGCGCGAAGGGAUGAGCGAGGACGAGAAAAUCAUGGCCGCGGACCCACACGCCGACGUGUCUGCGUGCGACCGUGAGCGCAGACUCAAGGACGAAGCGGACAAGGAUCUCGCGAGGGUUGAAGCGAAGGCACUGAAGAGGGACGCUCUCAAGUCGUUUGACGAGUGGCGCGAACAAGUCAUCAUGCGCGUCGGGGAGGUCGUGAACACGAGCCCAGGAAAGGCGAAGAAGCAGAUCACUCAGACUUCUGAAGACGGUGUGGAAUCAUCGACUCCAAGAACACCGGGCGACGUGGUCAAGGGACAGAAAGUUGCCGCCAAGGAGCCAGAGUCGAGCAAGAACGACAACAACAACAACAACAACAACAACACCAAAACUGUGGCGUUGAAAUUCAAAGACCUCUACCCGGGUGCCAAAUCGCCAUUGACCAAGAUGAGCAUGAAGGAACGCACGUUGAUCCUCCACUCGGUCCUCCUCCUGCUCAUCAGCCUCGAACACUACAACGCCUUUUCGCGCGUGUUGAUGCUCAACCUGACCCGGUCGCUGAAGCUCCCGCUCAAGACGUUCGAGCAGGACGAGUACACCACGGCCAGGGGCCUGCUGGAGCACGCGAGGGAAAUGGAAAUGUCGACCUCGGCAGACGAGGCCAUGAGAGCCAAGAUCGAGGCCAACAGGGAAGCGAGGCGGAGGAAGGUCGCCAUCGCCACGGCGGCCGGCGCCGCAAUCCUGGGAGUCAGUGGAGGCCUCGCCGCACCUCUGGUCGCGGCCGGCGUGGGGUCGGUCAUGGGUGGACUGGGCUUGGGCGCCACUUCCGCCGCGGCCUACUUGGGGAGUGUGGCGGGCAGUACGGUGCUCGUGGGUGGUCUAUUUGGCGCGUACGGAGGGCGCAUGACGGGUCAGAUGAUGGACCAGUAUGCGAGGGAGGUUGAGGAUUUUCGAUUCCUACCCGUUCACGGAAAACAUGAUGACAAUGAUCGCGACAAUGAUAAUGAGAAACGAAGUGACGACGACGAAGAGGAGAAGACGGCGCCGAUGAAGAAGAAGCAGAAUGAAGAUAGCAAAGAUGUCGAACAAGCCACGCACGAUCACAAGUUGAGAGUCACCAUCGGUGUGAGCGGAUGGCUGACCGAAAAGGAAGAGGUGGUCAAGCCGUGGUGCGUGCUGGGUGUCGGCAGCGAGGCUUUUGCCCUGAAAUGGGAACUUGAGGCCCUUUUGAACCUGGGCAACGCGAUGAACGGUGUCGUCCAGUCGGCCGCGUGGGGGUACGCGCAGAAGGAGGUGGUCAAGAGGACCAUAUUUGCUGACCUCGCCGGCGCCAUGUGGCCCGUCGCGCUGAUGAAGGUGGCCAGAGUCAUAGACAACCCGUUCAGCGUGGCAAAGAGUCGCGCGGACAAGGCCGGCGAGGUCCUCGCGGACGCGUUGGUCAAGAGGGCACAAGGAGAGCGGCCCGUGACUUUGGUCGGGUACAGUCUCGGUGCCAGGGUCGUGUACACCUGUCUCAUGAGCCUGGCGAAGCGCGGCGCGUUUGGCGUCGUGGAGAAUGCCGUGCUCAUCGGUAGUCCGACGCCGAGUGAUACGAGCGACUGGCGUGUGUUGCGGAGUGCGGUCGCAGGGCGUCUCGUCAACGUCUUCAGCGUCAACGAUUACGUGCUAGGCUUCAUGUAUCGGACGAGUGCCGUACAGUAUGGCGUGGCGGGCUUGCAAAAGAUCGAGGCUCUCAGUGGGGUCGAGAAUUUCGACGUGAGCGAGGACGUGAGCAGUCAUCAGCGAUACCGCUAUCUCAUCGGGGCCAUUUUGAAGAGGAUCGGGUUCGAAGAUAUCGACAUGGAUGCCGUCGAAAGGGAGAAGGAGGCGUUGAUCGAGAUGGAGAAGCGAGAAAAGAAGGAAAGCCUCGAGAACCAACGGCGUUGGAUGAUAAGAAGGCAGAGUCUUCGUGGCGGUAAAGAGGAUCAGGAGGCCGAAGCUGAAGACGAGGCGAAUGAGUUGGAGAAGAAGGUGCAAGAUCAGACGAAGACAAGUCUCGUGAGUCGAGCGAUUGAAUACUUUUACUUGCCACAGAUGUCGAGCGCGAAAGAUGCGAGCAAGGACAUGGACAAGACCGCCGGAAAUACGCAGAAGGUGGCCAAGGAUUCAUCAGCGGCGGCGGAGGGUGCUGCUGCUGGUCAGGCGAUGAAGAACACACAAGGGACAACGGCGGAACCACUUACGACACGGUUGUAUAGGAGCUUGCCCAGUAUGCCGUAUACGAGCAAGUCGACCACGGCUGGAAUUGCUGCUCCACAGAAUAGCCCCGUCGACACGAAGAAGAAGACGACGAGUAAGGUAGGCAAGACAACGCAGGGUGCAACAGAUCAAGGACAAGGCUACAUCUCACAAGCCUCAUCUUACCUCUCCUCUUUGCGGGCAAGCCGUGGCGAUCAGAAAGACGCCAAGAGACCACUCGGAAAGGCCACGGCUUCAGCGUCUGCUACGACCGACACCACCACCUCUGCAGCCAAAGGAGCAACUGGGGCAGUAUCCGACGUGGUGACGCCUACUGUGAAAAACACUCUCAAUCCGAAAGACAACCCGGCCGUGAAGUCUUCGAGAAGAGCGGCCAGAGACGCUCCAAUCAUCCAUCAAGCCAAAGACCGCACGCCACAACCCAUCAAGGACAAGACUGGGGAUGUCACGGGCGCAGUGGGGACAGCGGCACAAAACACGACUCAGACUCUUCAAAAGGGUGUAGACACUGGUGCCGCCAAAGCCGGUGACUCAGGCAAGACCGCCACAAGCCAGGCACAAGGAGCUGCAAAGGCCACUGCACAGUCGGCCCAGAAAGGCAUGGACACGGUGACGGACAGCACCAAAGAUGAUGCGGCAACGAAAUCGAUAACAUCCCAAGCCCAGGAAACCCCUACCAAGACAGAUCAGACAUCAUAUACGUCUCGAGCAGCUUCAUAUCUUCCCAGUCUCCCUCGUCUCGGCUUUGGUGGAGGUGGCGGCGGCGGUGAAAAGAAGGUACCCCCAAAACUUGAGAACAAAAGCGCAUCGCCGUCAUCCAAGAAUGCCGUGGUCGAGAGACCGAAACCUGAUAAGAAGUCGUCGGAAACAGAAGUGAAGUCAAGACGGCCGCCCAAACUGGAUAGAUUGCCCUCUGGAAAACUGGAGCGGACACCGUCAGGUCUGAAGUCACCACCCGUCAAACUAGAGAGGACACCGUCGGAUCUGAAAUCACCACCUGCGAAACUCGAGAGGGUGUCGUCAGGUUUGAGAUCUCCUCCUGCUAAACUCGAGCGGGUUUCAUCGGGAGUCAAGUCCCCCCCGACGUCAGUCCCGACCCCGAACCUGGUCAAGGAGAUUUCGGGCAAGACUCAAAAGCGGCCGCCGAAGCUGGGUCCGCGGAGGACAAGUCAACAACAAACAUCUGGCGUCAAGUCUCCGUCGGCAGGUGUUGGAGAACCAGACGUGCCCUCUGCCGAAUCGAUAGGUGCAAGAUUAUCCCAGUUGCCGGCGGGGGCGGGCAAAACUGUGUCUUCUAGAGCUGGUCAUCAGGGAGCCGAAAAGGCGGUCGAUGCUGGAAAUAGUGUUGCCGGGACGACUACAUCUCAAGGAUCUCAAGCGGCCCAAAAGACAUCGGAUAUGGGAAAAGGAGCGGCGCAACAGAGUAGUGGGAAUUUGUUUUCCAGCGCAGGAAGAUUUGUAGGUUUGAGACGAUAA